UAUUCUCACAUCUGUUACUCUCAAUUUUAUCUCUUGUUCUCUCUAGCCCCCUCUCUUCAUAACUCUCUUCAAGUUUUGAGAUUCGUUUAUGGUUUCUAGAGAUGGGGCAACAAACUUUGAUCUAUAGUUUUGUGGCUCGUGGGACAAUGGUUCUUGCAGAGUUCACAGAAUUCUCAGGAAACUUCACAUCCAUUGCCUGUCAAUGCCUUCAGAAACUUCCUUCUUCCAAUAACAGAUUCACUUACAAUUGUGAUGGCCACACGUUCAAUUACCUUGUUGAAAAUGGCUUCACUUACUGUGUGGUCGCAGUUGAAUCUGCUGGUAGACAGAUCCCUAUUGCCUUUCUAGAGCGUGUCAAGGAAGAAUUCAGCAAAAAGUAUGGUGGAGGCAAAGCUGCAACUGCUUCAACUCACAGCCUAAACAAAGAAUUUGGGCCUAAAUUGAAGCAACAAAUGCAAUAUUGUGUUGAUCAUCCUGAAGAGAUCAGCAAGCUUGCCAAAGUGAAGGCUCAAGUUUCUGAAGUCAAAGGAGUUAUGAUGGAAAACAUUGAGAAGGUUCUUGACCGUGGAGAAAAGAUUGAGAUGUUAGUGGACAAGACUGACAACCUUCGAUCACAGGCACAAGAUUUUAGAACACAGGGCACAAAGAUGAAAAGGAAGAUGUGGGUUCACAAUAUGAAGAUCAAGUUGAUUGUUUUUGGCAUCGCCUUAGCAUUAGUUUUGAUAGUGUUCAUGUCAAUAUGUCGUGGCUUCAGUUGCUUACAUUAGUUUAGCAAGAUUUAAUCUAUUACAUUUGUGCCCAGUUCUAAUUUCAUUAACAACUCUUUAGUUUACAUGAUUCGAAUUAGGAGCUGGAUCUGUACAACAUUUUUUGACUGAUGGUUGCCAAAAAUUACAUGUACAGAAAUAUUAUCUUAA